AUCCGCUUAAAGCGUGCGAGGAGAAGGAAAGACGUUGAUAAGAGAUGCCAUUAGACUCUAUUCGAAAACAAGUUCUUUGCCGCCUUACACUGAACCCAGUUCACUCUCAUUUUUUCCCUCUCCAACCGGCGGCGAUUAACAUGCUCAGUUGCAUUCCACGAGUCCAACGAUUCUUCGCAAUGAGCAGCACAGAGGUUGCGGUGUCUACAUUUUUAUCCUUGACUUCAUCUGGAUCAAAACAAAAGCAAGGAUCAACCGCAGCAUCUGGGGCUGAUACAAAACCAAAGAAGAAGAUCUGUUGUGCUUGCCCCAACACUAAAAAGCUCAGGGAUGAAUGCAUUGUGGAGCAUGGUGAAGCUGCUUGCACAAAAUGGAUUGAAGCUCAUCGUGCAUGCCUCCGUGCGGAGGGCUUCAAUGUUUGAAGUUGUGUUGGACAGAUAGAACAUAGAAAUUCAACAUUCUUGCUUAGAUUGUAUUUUAAACUUCUUAAUUCAGGGCUCUAUUUUGCCAGAA